GCUGUGCUUUAUCUACUGGCUAAAUGAGGGUUGUCUUUCCCAGUUCAGGCAACAGGACUUCUCCACCCUUCCAGCGAGGAUCUGUAAUUUACGCGACAACAGCAGGGCGCCUGUCGGAUCUCCAUUGGACUCGCGCUGGAUCUCCCACAGCGCUGCUGCUGCCGCUGUUGCUCCAUCACCAAACCCUCAGCGUCAAAGGAGGAGAACAACAUCUGCUUUCCGUGCCAUGUGCAGAGCGACAUGUAUGUGUGAUUUCAUGCGGUGAAAGCGGCGGGGAAUGGAGCAGUUGUCAUCAAAUUCCUGCAGACGUACCGACGGUGAUACAUUGAGGGCUGUCGUAUAGAGAGAAGACCUUCAUACGCAGCAGCCAAUCCAAGAUAUUCGUUUUUUAUUGCCAGCGAAAAGGAUCAGUUGUCGCCUUUCAUGUCAUCUAUAACAAUGGGGGAGCAGCCCAUCUACAGCACGAGGGCCCACGUCUUCCAGAUUGACCCCAACACCAAGAAGAACUGGCUGCCCACCAGCAAGCAUGCUGUCACGGUCUCCUACUUCUAUGACAGCACACGCAAUGUCUACCGUAUCAUCAGCCUGGAUGGCACCAAGGCAAUAAUCAACAGCACCAUCAGUCCCAACAUGACGUUCACAAAGACCUCACAGAAGUUUGGCCAAUGGGCGGACAGUCGAGCUAACACUGUCUACGGCCUGGGCUUCUCCACUGAGCAUCAUCUAGCCAAGUUUGCUGAGAAGUUUGCAGAGUAUAAAGAAGCAGCACGCCUUGCUAAAGAGAAGAGUCAAGAAAAGAUGGAUAUGGCCACGUCUCCUUCUCAGGAGUCUCCAGCAGGUGAGCUCUCGUCACCUUUGACCCCGGUGACCCCGCCCAUGGAAAACAUCAACGGUACAGAUGAAAUCUGUGACACGACUCCCAAUUCAGACCCCCUUCCAGGGCCGGCGCAGAAUGCACUGGCCUUCGCACACAGCCCUGCCAUGACAAAACACUGGGAGGCUGAGCUGGAGGCACUAAAGGGGAACAAUGCCAAGCUAACGGCAGCUCUGCUGGAGUCUACAGCCAACGUCAAACAGUGGAAACAACAACUGGCUGCCUACCAGGAGGAGGCAGAGAGACUACACAAACGGGUGACGGAACUUGAGUGCCAGAGCAACCAAACUCCAGUGAUCAAAUCCCAGAAGACUGAACUUAACCAAACCAUAGAGGAACUGGAGGCUACGCUGAGGGAUAAAGAAGAGGAAAUGGAAAAGUUGAAAGAGGAAUUGGAAAACAUGAAUGACCUGAUGGAGCAGAAAGACGCCCUUUCCCAGAAACUUGAGGAGACGGAGCUGCGCAGUCGGGUGCUGGAGGAGCAGCUGGCAGGGGCGGAGCAGCGGCUGGAGGAGAACCAGGAGGAACAGGAGAAUUUCAGAAAGAGCCUGCGGACGCUGCUGGAGCUACUGGACGGCAAGAUCUUUGAGCUGACAGAGCUCAGAGACACCUUGGCUCGGCUCAUAGAGGAGGCCAGCUAGAGACGGAGCUGCAUAAUCUUCACAGACAGAGCCAUAGGAUAAUUUACACCCUGACACCCCCCAACUUACCCACACCAAUCCUACCCACCAUGCCCCACCUUCCUCCUGCACUCCACACACAUUAAAAAUGCAACACCACACUGCCCCGAUUCUGAUUUUGGUCAAAAAGGGCAGCUAACUCCCCAUUUUCACCUUGCAGGCGUUGAGCUCCAACCAACCGCAGGCACUCCUGUUGUUCAAAACAAUACAGGGACUACCUCAUCUUGCCUUCUGAUUGGCUGGUGAAGGCGUAACCUUGGUUGAAUUGAUCUCUCUAGUCAUAGAGAUGCCUGUUGUGGCGCACUGCAACUGCACCCAAACCCACUCACCCACACACCCACAAAGAGUUAACUUAAGAACUGUGCCUCAGUGACAUCUGCUGUUUUACUGGGAGAGCUGCACCACAGCUUGCAGCAUCACAGCAUCUCACACACACACACACACACACACACACACCCCUUUUCUUCCUCUCUAAACUGCCCCCCACCCCACCCCGACCCAAGGGGAAUGUUGAAAGUCAUGUGGAAAUAAUUGCUGUUAAGACUCAGAGAACUGCGCCAAAGCUGCCAAAUCCCUCCAAAAUAUUGUCCUCUAACUAGCAGAUGCUUUGAUCCAAAGUGACUUACUGUACAGAGAAGUGCUGAACAGAGAAACAGAGUCCCAUGUUUGAGCUCAGGCUGCCAGCGGAGUGUCGACGGAAACAGAGAAUUAAAGGACAGCUCUCAACAAACCAGUCAGUCUUACCUAUUGGCCUGGGGUGACAUCAUUGCUGCUCCCCAGCCUUGACACAAAUGGCUGCUGGGAAAAGAAGUUUAGUUUGCUUCUCCAUUGGAAAAGAAUGACUGCUAUUUAUUCACAGCCUAUUUAAAAUCCCACAUGAUAGAUGAGUAUGGAAUCUUCCAGAGGCAUUGUUCAUGCCACACAGAAAUUUUAGAGGGCAUGUGCCCAUGUUAGAUUUGACAUGAUAUUUACUGCAUCCAGACUGCUUCCACCAUCACAGACAACUGACCUGUCUUCCUGCCAAACUCAGUGUGGUGUGUGUUCUUGAACAAGGCCUAACCUUCGACAUAGUGUGUGCCUUCAAAGCACACAUACUUGGAGACAUGUUUGUAUAUAAUGUGUGUGUGUGUGUGUGUGUGUGUGUGUGUGUGUGUGUGUGUGUGUGUGUGUGUGAGUGUUUUGUGCUGUGAGCGAAAGACCCUGUUUUUGGACAUCAAGGCCUACACACAUACACGCAUGCACACACACACACACACACACACACACACACACACACACACACACACACACACUGAGCAAUACCAGACAGGCUCUAUACGACACCUCUAUCUAACUCUAUCAGGUACUCUACUCAGUGGACUCAUACAGAUAGGUAAAAUGCAACUCAGCUGAUCCCCCUUGUCCAACAGAAAGUGUACUACUGUUGACCGAGAACCUGUGUGGCAGCCCUGUCUGGACGAAGUAGUGCAUCGGGAAGGGCUUAUAGAGUGUCAUCUAUGUGUUUGUAAAUCUCCACCCUCAGCGAAACUGGCCACAGAUUUUCACUCUUGGGUGAAUACAGAACUGUACACAGUUUCUAUUCUUUUUUACACAGGAUAUAACACUGAUGAUAUAAUAACAGAACUGUAUAAAUCAACUUUCUACUCAUGACGUCAUUGUAAAUGAAUGGAUGGAUGCAGUAACACCCUGCAGUGGCUUAUUGUUGUGUAUUAACCCACGGAAAAGCAUUGUAUAGUUAUUAUAGAGUAUCUAGUCUGGUAACAAAUAAACCUCUUCAGUAUAUAUUUGAAAUGCAUAACAACACGAUGUAAACACAGUGUUAAACGUUCUGUACCAAAACUUACACUUAUAAAGCAGCUCCUGUACCAGUAAAAUCCAAAACUGCAUCUUAAAAUUCCUUUAAAGUCACUGAAUUUCUUGAAAGCUAUAUCCUCACUUGAAAUGCUGCUUAUCGUACCUUUCAAUUGAGCACCCUGUUUGCACUGUGUUAUUACACUGUUGUAACUACAUUAUAUAUCAAGAGUUUUGCAUUAAAUACUAGCACAGCAUAAAUCUGUACCUAAAAUAUUGUAGUUAGUUACACAGGUUAAUACACUCGAAUAAGACCCAUGGGAAGGGAAAGGUUACCCUUUUUUCUUUUUGAUUUAACUUUGACAGUUGAAUGACAGAGAUGGAGUACAUUGAUAUUAAUGCUAUUGUUAAUGAAUGCCUUUGUACAGUAGUGGAUAAGAAGCUUUUCAUUCUCCUGUUUUGUAACUUAUGGUAUUUAAAUGUAGGUAUUAUUAUUAUUAUAUUUAGAGGUAUGAGAAGACUGGCAAUAUUUUUGACUAUUUAAAGUAAUUUUGAACUCAUGAUAUUAAAGAGGUACCUCAGGCUAAUGAUGUCCGUAGAUUGGUGAGAUUUGUGUGUUUGCAGGUGAAAGGAUUUACCAAACGCUGGUAAAUAAAAAUGGAUCAGGAGACACACCUGUUGGUGCUUCAGCCAAACUAAAUACUUUGUUGAAUUCAAAGACAGCACUACCAGGCUGAGAACACACCUCUGUGAAUUGAGAAAUGUUAUGUUUUAUAUUCAAAUACAGUGACCGCAGAA